CGCACACGAAGGAAGGCAAUAUUACCAUUAUGUGUCGUAGAUAGACUUCCUGAAAAACGAAACCUGGAUUGAUUUGUUUUUUUUUAAAUAUGAUACUAAUCGUGACUAAGCUGAAUCAUAGGGUAUCAUUUUUCCAACAGUUUUGUAUUCUACAUUUAGCGGUUAAUUGAUGAUGGAAUCAUUUGACAAGAAAAUGGUGCUCUUUUCGUUUGCGUUGUACGUGUGUGAAGUUGGCGUCAGUUCGUAUGCAACGCAUACGGAAAACACAUUAACUUUUCUACCAUUAAAAGGGUACCAUGACUUACUUGAAUGCGAUGCAAAAUCAUGCACGUUAAGAAGCCAGGAUAAUUAUGUCGUAUCUAAAACUGAUAACGGUGGGAUACUUUUAAAUCUUAGUGAUGAAACGUAUGGUAACUACACAUGUUUCCAAAUCAGUCAACGAGAAAACGCAAAGUACAUUUAUGUAGGAUACACAGAUGAAACGCAUUCAAAUGCAGUACAAUUCACCAAAGUACUUGAACGCAAGGACGUACUUGAAUGUGAAUUCAACAACUCAAUUCCAUUUAAAUUUAAAAAUGCUUCGAGUGGAAAAGAGGAUGUUAUAGCGAAGUUUGUGCAUACCUCGUUUUGCUAUGAAUCUUCAACCAUCAACAUCAGACUCGUCAUCAGAAACCUCAUAAGAAACGUCACCAAAGAAACCGAAGGGAUAUACACGUGUUUCGAAACAAAUAACAAGACAAACGAAGUGCAAACAUGUGUUAGAAUGAGUGCAGAAACAGAACCAACACGACCAACGUCAACACUUGCAACAGACGUAUCUACUAAAACCUCAGAUGAUGCAUUAAAUACGGGUUUCAUAAUCGUUUUGGUGUAUACUGGAGUCAUUACCGUACUGCUAAUAUUUUUGGCAACGUAUAGAACAUGUUGGGAACCUUGUUGCCCAACAAACAAGAACGAGGAGGGCAAUGACAAAAUUUUGCAUCACAUCAUGCCGCCGGUAAAUGCAGGCAGAAAUUACGUGCUUUAUUUUAAGGUCAUGUACGGAUUACUGUUUCUCUGGAUUUUUGUGAAUGCAGAGCGCACCGAAGGCUGUAAAAUAUUUAUAAAGAAAAAGGAUAUACUUGAAUAUGAAUUUAAUGAGAAAACGCUCCUCUCGUUCACAAGUUUAACGAGUAUGAAAACUAUAUUUUUCGAAUGGUGUUUUGGUCCAUAUAAUCCUUGUACAAUUUCAAAUCCAUCUCUUAAUGAAACCUUUCGACUUGUGACCAUCGGAAAAGGAGCCAUGUUGAUUAUAAAAAAACUCAGUCAGGAUACCUUUGGAACGUACGCAUGUUCGUCAAAAAACAGCAAAGGAAACAGUAUAUUGAUACACAUUGUCAAUGACACAGUAACAUACGAAAAGAUAGAUAACCUUACGCAAAACUCAGAUAACACCCGUCAACAACUUUCACCGCCCAGAGGGACUGACAGUUUCGGGUUGAUGGUAACAUUUGAUAAAAACCGUUUAUUACUAUCAACGACCAUAUUGUCUGGACUCGCGAUGUUUUAUGGAGUUGCAUUACUAUUCGUAUGUGUCAACUGCGCGCGUAGGCUGUAUUUGUGUUAUACCCGGGCGGGCAAUGCUUUGGAUUUGGUCUCAAAUGAGCGUUGUAACGGGCCAAUAGAAGAAAGUCACAUUCAAUUAGUUAACACGCAGAGGACAGAAACCGUGACAGUUAACAUCUCUCCGGAAAAAAAAAUUUCUGCUGAGGAAGAGUUUUGUACAAAACUGCUGCAGCUUGCACAGCACACUACACUAAAUGGCAGCAAUACGUUUGAAGUAGAGAUUGAAUAAAGAUGCUGCGAAUGGAGUAUCAAUGCGAAGAACAAUAAACGAAUGUUAACAGAUGGAUAUAAACUGGAUAUAAACAUUAUACAUAGACUAAGUUUCAAAUAUAUCGUAAUUAUAUCAAACGAGAAAACCGGAAGUGUAAAUUAUGCACAAUCGAUGCAAUAGAAAAUGAAUAGCAUUUCCUACUAGUAUGUCCAAUAUAUGCACACGAUUUUUUUUUAAACCGCACUAUUGCAGAUGGCCAACAAUAAAUAAAUUUGGAAGAUUAAUGUCCAGCAAAAGUAAAACUGAAAUGAUAAGUACUGCGAAAUGUAUUUACAAAACAAAUAACAGCAAAUGACAGCAUCUCGAUUCGUAAUUCUAUAUUUAAUCAGUAAUCAAUAAGUUAUCUUGAUGUUAAUGGUACAAUUGAUACAUAUGCGUGCUAAGAAUGUGUACCUUGUGUGUUUUUGCCAUCACUUGCAUGUAUAAAAUUAAUGCUCAUUUUCAAAUGUGAGGGCUAUGAACUUGUAACGGCUUUAUUGAUAAAUAAAUGUUAUUGUUGUUGUAUACUUGCAUAUAUAUAAUUAAUGCUCAUUUUCAUAUAUGAGGGCUAUAAACUUGUAUAAGCUUCAUUGAUGAAUAAAUGUUGGUGUUGUUGUAUUCUUGCAUAUAUUAAAUUAAUGCUCAUUUUCAUAUGUGAGGGCUAUAUACUUGUAUAAGCUUCAUUGAUGAAUAAAUGUUGUUGUUGUUGUUGUAUUCUUGCAUAUAUGAAAUUAAUGCUCAUUUUCAUAUGUGAGGGCUAUGAACUCGUAUUAGCUUUAUUGAUGAAUAAAUGUUGUUGUUGUUGUUGUAUAUAUCUCAUAACAUACCCAAACAGAAUUGUAUUAUAAUUAGAUGAAACUGUGCAUUACGUAAUUUACUUAAAUUUUUUAAGUUAUUUAUUUAAAAUAUUCCACGUAGAUAAGAUUCUUAACAUUGUUUUUUCAGACACACCCAUAUAUAACAUUCGUAUUCACAAAUGUUUAUUUCUCCAAAUAAUUUUGAAAAUUCUUCUGAUCGUAUGUAUUGUAAGUAAUUAGUAAAUAUAAGAUGUGCAGUUGCAAUAUCAGAUGCAAGUAUGUAUUCCCUUCAUAACUAACCGUGUUAACCAGUUCAUAACACUAUCAUCAAAUUUGUAUCUUUUACCAUUAUUUAUAAAUUGUAUAAUGCAUAUAUAAUGUAAGCUAUGAGCUUUUAUAAGCUUUACUGCUGAAUAAAUGUUGUUGUUGUUGUUUUGUUUAUAUAAAAUGCGUUUUAAUCAACUGUGUCAAUGCGUUUCGUUGUAUUUAAAAAUGUACUCCAUUUUAGUUAUUUUAUCAAUUUAAUGUUACAGUUUAAUUGAUUCUAGAUUUGUAUGAGCUAAAAUUAUGUUUUUGUGUGUUGGUUAUAUUUUUUUAGUUUUGCAAACGACGAAUGGUCGUCUUUUAAAAAAGAUUAGAUAUUUUCUGCAUGUUCUUCAUAUCAUUCAUGUGCCGAUAUUAACAUUAUCAAUUAAUUCAUGUCCAUAAUGUUUGAGUAUGUUUUUCAUAGUACGUUUAUAUUUUCCUUGGCUAUUUUAAUUUCAGUAACGCCUUUUAAAGCUAGAUUUUUGUAUCUGCUAUAAAAUAAUCUUUAGAAUCGGUGUGUUUAAAUCAUCGUCCAUAUUAAUUAUAUUAAUAAUAUUGUAUUUAAAUUGUUUUCUUUUAAUAUUUUCAGGUUUUAAUUUCUAUAGAAAUUGGUGAAUUAUUAACGUUAUUAAGAGUGUUAAGAAGGUUUUUAUUAUUCGUUUUCGCAAAGUGAUACUAACACUAUUCGAGUGCACAUUAAUAUUAUGUCUACAGUUUGUUUAAGGCAUCCAAUAAAACAAAUUUUGGCGGAUAGGAAACUACCUAGUCUAAUCCCUUGUUUAUUUUAAAAAGUAUUCGAAGGUUAGCCGUAAUUGACAAAUACACUACAAAUAUAAUUGUAAAAGACUAACCCACGAACAUCAUAUGGUUCAAUCAUUUUAUUUAUAUUUAUUUUUAUUAUUAUUAUUAUUAUAAUUAUAAAACAUAUGUUUUACAUGUCAUUGAUUUGUUAAAUCAGCUUUUCGUCGUU